AUGGUUCCGCCAUCCACGCAAGCGCUGGCCCUCGGUGGACCUGCUGCAUCAGCUCCUCGUGUUGGACGCCGCCCGUGGUACGCAGUCCCGGGAUGGAAGGGCAAGUACGGGUGGCUCCUGUGGCUGGUGGGCUGGACCUCCUGCGCCGGGUUCAUGCAGGACUUCGCAGGUCCCUACAUCUUUUUCCACGAGUGA